AUGUCUAACAGACAGUUUGAAAGUGGAGCAUCCAAAAGACGCAGAAAAAAUAUACAAAACAAUGAAUUAAAAAAAUAUAAAGGAUUAAUGAAUAACUUUGUAUUCAUCAAUUCAGAAGUAGAACUGAAAGCACAAGAUAACCCUGAAAUUGUAGUUAAUGAAUCAAUAAAACUCCAAGAAGAAGAACAAAAGGUACAUGAUCAACCUGAUAUUAUAAUUAUUACUAAUGAGGAAAAUGUUUGCCAAUCAAAAAAUACUCAAAGCAGUGUUGAGCAAAAAGUUGAAAGUAAUCAUGAAAAUAUAGAAAUUGUUAAUGAGUUAUAUGAACAUGUAAACCAAAUUAAUAAAAAUGAAUCAAUGGAAAUCCAAGGUCUGAACUUACUUCAUGAUUAUCCAACUGAUCAAGCACAUUUUCUUGGAAUAACAUUAACAAGUGUAAUCAAAAGAUCUAUUAUAGAAUAUGGACCAUGUAGACCAAAAAUUGAAUUUCCUCGCAAUGAAGACAAAAGAAAAUUUUCAAUUAAUGGAAUAGAUAACUGGCAACAUCUUUCUCAAAAAAUAUUUAAACAUGAAAGUUCAAUUCAACAUAUUGAAUCUGUAAAAAUUCGAUCUCUGUGGACAAAGAAUAAAGUUUUAGAUAGUCAACUAGAAAAUCAAGUAUCGGAAGAGGCUGCAUUCUGGAGAAGUGUACUGGAAAGAAUUAUAAUGAUAAUUUUACAUUUAACUAGUGGAAAUACUGCUCUUCGAGGAAAUGAAGGUAAAUUUAGCUCAAAAAAUCAAUUUUCCGAAGGUAAUUUUUUACAAACCGUUAGAUUAGUUGCAAAUUAUGAUCCCAUAUUGAGCAAACUUAUUAAUUGUGAGAAAAGCAAAAUCAAGUAUCUGAGUCACACAAUAGUUGAUGAAUUAAUUGGAAUUUUAUCUUCUGAUCUACUCAAAACUAUUUGUAAUGAAAUAAAGUUAUGCCAAUGUUUUUCCAUUAUAAUGGAUUCUACUUUAGAUAUAACUAAACUGGAUCAGCUGAGUGUUAUUAUUCGGUAUACUGUCAUAAAUUUUGAAGAGAAAAAACUAGAAGUUAAGGAGUCAUUUGUAGGUUUUUUUGAGUUAAAACACCACGGAGCUGCUGAUUAUACACAGAUGAUAUGUGAAAUUCUAUCAAAACUUGACUUGGAUAUUAACAGAUGCCGUGGACAAGGUUAUGAUGGGGCAUCAGUGAUGAGCGGAGUCCAUUCUGGUGUUCAAACUAGAAUAAAAGAACUUGUUCCAUCAGCUUCAUAUAUCCAUUGUUGUAGUCACAAUCUUAAUUUAGUAAUAUCUGAUGCAGCCAAAUGUCAUAGUAAAGUAUUGAAUUUUUUUGACACAGUUCAAGCAAUUUUUAAUUUUUUUGCUAGUAGUGCGCCAAGAUGGGCUCUUAUAGCAUUUGGACAUGAUAUUUCUAUUAAAAUCCGUACAAAAGUUCUAAAAAAAGUGUGCCCUACUAGGUGGGAAGCUCGACAUGAUGCAAUAUUUUCCUUGAAAGAACGUUAUAUAGAUGUACUUAAAUCGCUGACUUACAUUAUUCUUACUAGUAAUAAAACAUCAGAAAAAACAUUAGCCAGUGGAUUAAAAAAAAAGUUGGAAACAUUUGAAUUUAUUUUGAUUCUAUGUAUGUGGGAACCAAUUCUACGUUCUUUGCGUAUUGUAUCAAAACGGCUACAAAAUAUAAAUAUGGAUUUGGAAGCAGCUUCAAACAUGAUACAGAUGGCUGUGACAUCAACUCAAGAUAUCAGAGACAACUACCAGCAUAUUUUAAUUAUUGCAAAAGAAUUAUGUAAAAAAUGGAAUAUACCAGUCACAUAUCCCAAUGAACGUAAAAAACAAGCUGUAAAAUAUUUUGAUGAAAUAGAUGGUGAUCCUCGAUUUAAAGGAACAAAUGAGGUAGUUCAAACUUUUUCAUUUUUAAAUCCUACUUCAUUUGUAUCAAAAACUGAAAAAGAAGUUGUCAAUGCAUCAUAUGACUUCAUAUUAAAGUAUAGUAAUGAUAUCAGCACAGAUUUUACCCGACAAUUAUUAAGUUUAAGAACUAGUUUACAAAAACAUCAACUUAAAACUAUUAAGAACUUGGCCAUUUAA